UUGCGGUCUAGGACUUUGCGCUCUCCAAUCUUGAUCUCGCCUUCGUGUGGGAGUGCGGGAUGGCGGCGGCCGAAGACGAAGAUCGUGCGCACGCUGGGGCCGGAUUCGAGGUCCGUGGAGAUGAUCGAGCGGCUCCUGAGAGCGGGCAUGAAAGUGGCCCGCUUCAACUUCUCCCACGGCUCCCACGAGUACCACCAGGAGACGCUGCACAACCUGAGGGCCGCCAUGGAGAUCACCGGCAUCCCCUGCGCCAUCAUGCUCGACACCAAGGGUCCUGAGAUCCGAACUGGUUUUCUGAGGGAUGGCAAGCCCAUCCAGCUGAAGAAGGGACAAGAGUUGAUCAUCUCUACCGAUUACGGCAUCCGAGGCGACGAGAACAUGAUCUCCAUGAGCUACAACAAGUUGGCUGAAGACCUGAAACCAGAUGGCGUUAUACUCUGCGCUGAUGGGACGAUCACGCUCACCGUGCUGUCCUCCGACAGCAGUUCAGGCCUGGUGCGCUGUCGCUGCGAGAACUCCGCUCUUCUUGGAGAGAGGAAGAACGUCAAUCUUCCAGGCGUCGUCGUAGAUCUUCCUACGCUUACCGAGAAGGACAAGGAAGACAUGUUGCGAUGGGGCGUCCCCAAUAAGAUCGACAUCAUCGCUCUGUCUUUUGUGAGGAAAGGAUCCGACGUUAUCGAAGCCAGGAAGCUGCUCGGCGACCAUGCGAAGUCCAUCGUGCUAAUGUCCAAGGUCGAGAACCAGGAAGGCGUGGCUAACUUCGACGACAUUCUCGCCAAGUCCGACGCCUUCAUGGUUGCUCGAGGUGAUCUGGGGAUGGAGAUCCCGAUCGAGAAGAUCGUCUACGCGCAGAAGUUGAUGAUCUACAAGUGCAACGUGCAAGGGAAGCCGGUGGUGACGGCGACUCAGAUGCUGGAGUCCAUGAUCGAGUCCCCUCGUCCCACGCGGGCGGAGUCGACCGACGUGGCCAACGCGGUUCUCGACGGCACCGACUGCGUCAUGCUCAGCGGAGAGACGGCAGCGGGCGUUCACCCUGACUUAGCCGUGGAGACGAUGGCAAAGAUAUGCCUCGAAGCAGAGUCCUACCUCGACUGCGGUGCUGUCUUCGAGCAACUCAUGGCGGCGGCGCCUGCUCCCACGAGCCCCUUGGAGAGUCUCGCCUCGUCCGCAGUCCUAACAGCUCGCUCGGCGAGGGCGGUUCUCAUCAUCGGUCUCACCAGGGGAGGAACCACCGGGAAGCUGGUGGCGAAGUACAGACCACCAGUGCCGAUCUUAUCGAUUGUGGUUCCGGAGAUAACGACGGACUCAUUCGACUGGUUCUGCAGCGACGAGGCUCCGGCGAGGCACGGCUUGGUAGUCAGAGGGCUGAUUCCGGUGUUGAGCGGCGGAAUGACGAAAGCCACGCACCCAGAGACCAUCGAAGAAGCGCUCGAGUUCGCCAUGCAGCACGCGAAAGCUGCGGGCCUCUGCGAACAGGGCGAUGCUGUCGUCGCACUGCACCGCAUGGGAUCUGCUUCGGUCUUCAAGCUUUUAACCAUCAAAUGA